CUCCCAUUUCAGAAAAUAUUUACUCUCCUUCUACCUUAUUUGGUGACCUCCCUAAGGAGGAAUGCAUGGGAUUUGAUCUCUACCAAUGGGAAGGCUUCUGGUACUACCUUCCAAACCUUGCAGGUGCCAUAAGAUCUCGUUCGAGCUUCCAGGCACGUGAUGAGGACGUUAUCUUGGCGUCCUCUAUGAAGACUGGCACCACCUGGCUCAAGGCUCUGAUACCAUGCAUAAUGCACCCUAAUGUUCGUAGUAUUGGUGAUGGUGAUGGUGAUGGUGAUGGUGAUGGUGAUGACGAUGAUGAUUCUGAUCCGUUGCUCAAAAACCAUCCAAACGCGCUCAUCCCAUCUUUAGAAGUCCAUAUCUUUGCAGAGAACUAUACUUACAACAUCUCAGCUAUGCCAUCCCCUAGACUCUUCCGAACUCAUGCGCCUUGCACAAUGCUACCGGAGUCCAUCAAGACUUCCGGCUGCAAGAUUGUGUACAUCACUCGAAACCCCAAGGACACAUUUGUGUCAGCAUGGCACUUCAUGAACACAAAGAGGAUGCCAGGAGAAGGGACAUUCCCUAUAGGUGAGAGUUUUGAGAAAUUCUGCAGAGGGGUUCAUCUCUACGGGCCCUUUCAUGACCAUGUCCUAGGGUAUUGGAAGGAGAGCAUGAUGAGGCCUGAGAAGAUACUAUUCUUGAGAUACGAGGAUGUGAAGAGAGACACAAGAGGGCAAGUGAAGAAAUUGGCUUCAUUUCUUGGAAGACCUUUUGCCAAAGAGGAAGAGGUUGAGAAGAUAGUAUGGAUGUGUAGUUUAGAAAGGUUGAAGAACUUGGAAGUGAACAGAAAUGGUGUGGACCCUUUUGUUGGGAUGUUGAAGAGUGCUUAUUUCAGGCUUGGUGUUGUUGGGGAUUGGAAGAAUAGCUUAUCCAAGGAGAUGGAGGAGCAACUUGACGAAAUCACGCGCCAAAAGAUGGAAGGCUCUGGUUUAGAUCUUUUAAUUUAGUAGUUUUCUUGCAUCUUUUAAUUUAGUUUGGAGCUAUUGUUAAUUUUUCUUGUAUUUGUCCACUUGUCCUAGUACAAAUUUAGAGAAGUUUCUCACCUCAUGAAACUUCUCUAGUAAAUUUUUUUUUUUUUUUUCAUCCACACCCUUUUGGUUGAGAGGGAGAUCCCCUGUUUUAUGUGCAUGCCUCCAAGUCUAUGAUUGGAGGAGUCGAUCCGUACUGAUCCCUGUGCUGGAGUAGGUAUUCAAAGCUAAUAUAAGGCAAAAGAUAGAAACUAAACGGAAACCAAUCCCGACCUCUAUCUUCAGCAACUAUCAAUUCACCAAAGACGACGACUUCUGCUUCUGCCUUAUUUGAUGACCUCCUAAAGAAAAAUUUAAGUUGAUCUCUAUCAAUGUGUGUUGGCUGAUUGAUGGGCACCUUGGUUUUGAUUGCUUGUAGUCACCAUCUUGAUUGAUCUUCUUCAGAGUUUGUUUUUCCGUCAAUAAGCUUCACACCCAGUUUGUUCUUGAUCGAAAUCAAGCUUUGAUACCACUUAUGUUGGUGUAGGAAUGAAAGAGUCAACAAAUAUUAUUAUUCUUGUAUUUAAUUCUUUGUUGUGUUGAUAUAUCUUAACAACAAA